AGAACUAGGCUAUAAGGUUGGCAGCCGUGGUUAGUCACUUUUGUUGAUACGGAGUAACCGGAGUUGUCAGAGAUCACCAAGAAUGGUAAAGCGUAUAUAAUAGAAAAUGUCGCGCUACUUUCGCGUUAGGUGAUCGAGUAUCCUGUAGGCAAGGAAUCGAUCAACAUGCCGAAGAAAUUUGUGGGUGAGAAUAGCAAGGCAGUUGCCGCUCGAGCUAGAAAAGCAGCAGCUAAAGAAGCAGAAAAUGUCAAAAAAGCAAAGGAAGCGGAAGAUAGAGCAUGGGAGGACAAUGAUAAACAAGUAUUGAAGAAGAAACAAAAACAAGAAGAACUUGAGAAGAAACGUCAACAGCAAUUAGAAAAAAAGGCGGAAGCAAAAGCUUUGCUUGAAAAAGAAAUGGCAAAUAUAAAAGUCGGUGGCAAGCAGCCAGCAUCGAAAAUUACUAGAGCCGAAAUCGUUGCUAUUACUGAAAAACGAAAUCAAGUGGCUAUGAAGAAGAAGGAAGAGGAGAAACCGAUCGAGGAAAAUUUGAAUCGAUUGAUUUUGGAAGAUGAAACGGCUCAUGGUAUAGAUGAAGCUAUAUCUGUUUUAAGCUCGAAGGAUCCUGAUAUUGAUCGACAUCCGGAGAAACGGAUGAAAGCCGCGUAUGCGAGCUUCGAAGAACGAAUGAUGCCGAUAAUUAAAGAACAAAAUCCUACCUUAAGAUUGAGUCAGUUAAAACAAAUACUUAGGAAAGAAUGGAUGAAGUCGUCUGAGAAUCCGCUUAAUCAAACGUUACUGAAUCGCUAACGAUAAUGGUGAUUUCAGACGAGCACGAAACAUAUUCGUGCAUCGUUGACUGAUUAAUUAUUUAAUUCUGUUAAAUACGUAACAAUCAUUGCAACGAUGUAAUCAUCUGUAUACCAUUUUAUUUGUAAAACGUAUAACUUAUAUUAAAAAGUACUGUAUAUGAAAAAUAACGAUGUAUAAAUCAUCUUUGGUAAAAUCUA